CACAGACACAGCAUUAUGCCCAGUGAGUACCAACUGGUACCAUCGUCUCCUCUCCUCGUCCUCUCUACGGACUUCAUUUGUCGUGUCGUCUGAAAACCAGGACAUGGAACUAUAUAAUGUUCAAGGAAAACAGCAAACUGCAAAUAUCCUCCUGGGUUGUCUGGUGUUGUUUUCACUUUCUAUACUUUGUCCAGCUGAGAAACUCUGUACAGUUUCUCCUGACCCCGUGUCUAUAAAAGAGAACAGCACUGUGGACGUUCUAGUAGCCAGAAUCACCUGUAGUGACGAUGUUCAGCUGACCGUCACGGAGAACCCUGCGGAGGCGUUCUACCUGCGGGGGACGGACCUCAUCGCCAAGAGAGGACUGGACUUUGAGUCUCUGCCCCGUGUGGAUGAUGCUCUGUGGGUCAGGGUGCGCUGCAACAGAACUGGCUCCAGAUCAGUGAACGUGUCUGUUGAAGUUUUCAUUGAAAAUGUGAACGAUAAUCCUCCAAACUUCGCUCAGAGUCAUUACGUUCUCCAGGUGAAUGAGAGUCAUUACGUUCUCCAGGUGAACGAGGUGAGACCCUCUUCUAUUUACUAUGUACCUUACUUCGCUCAGAGUCAUUACGUUCUCCAGGUGAACGAGCUGACUCCUGUGAACACCAGUAUUGGCCGGAUAGAGGCCACAGACAUUGACUCUGAGCCCCUGUACUAUCGUUUAGAGUCAGCCACGAACAGGUAUCUACGACUGGAGAAUGCCAACACCCCCAACAUACUGGUGCAAAACAUCAUCGACUACGACUCUGUCCAAAAGAUCUCCCUGGUCUUACAUGUACAGGACACGUAUAACGUUUCUGAGUCCGGCGAGCCUUCGUUCACUGCCGUGGUGACCAUCACGGUUAACGUGAAGGACGUUGACAACCGUCCACCGUGGUUCCAGCCCUGUGUCAGAACCAACCUGGGGAUAGCCAAACUGUGUGUCAGCUCCGGCUACAGGGCAAAGGUCAACCUCACAGAGAAAGAGGACGGUGCUUUAUCCCUGGAGCCUGGUCCGUUAUACGCCAAGGAUGGAGACAGAAAUAGGAGUGAGCUGAUCAGCUACAGGAUAAUUAGAGGGAAUGAAGGCAGCAUCUUCCAGAUCGAUGAGGAGACUAGGGAACAUCUCCAUGACCAAAGCAGCAGACAUAGCAGGCCCAAUAUCCCUCACUGUCCUGGCCUCCCAGGUCACCAACAGGGACCAGUUUGCGGUGACUCAGGUCACCAUCGAGGUGCUGAGGAAGAGCAGGAACCCUCCGCGGUUUGAGAAGGAGCGUUACGAAGGUUACAUCUACAGUAACUCAGUCCCAGAGACCAUGAUCCUACGAGACAGAACCUCCAACAGACCCUUCAGGGUCAGGGCCAGAGACGAGGACUUUGCCACCGGUGUAAACCCAGACAUGAGAUAUGAGGUGCAGUACAGCAGUUAUGUCAAUGUGACAAACGAAGGGUUUGUUCUUCUGAAGAGGGUUGUGAAGACAGAGUCCUUCGCUCUGCAGGUGAGUGGUUAGCUGCCUCAUUGUUCUUCUGAAGAGGGUUGUGAAGACAGAGUCCUUCGCUCUGCAGGUGAGUGGUUACCAGUCUCAUUGUUCUUCUGAAGAGGGUUGUGAAGACAGAGUCCUUCGCUCUGCAGGUGA